CAGCGUACGUUCAGUGCGAUUUUGGAGUUCAUAGCGGUCUGUUCGUGAUCGUGAAGCAGUCGGCAAAGCACCAAAGCUAAUAAGAGUUCAAGCGAAACGUCAAAUCAGCUUGCGUGUCUCUAUCUGUGCCUGUGUCUCUCUGUGUGUGUGUGUGUGUGUGGGUGUAUGUGGGUGUAAAGGAUAUAGAAAUCAUAUAGCAAGGCUUAACAAGUGCUGCUCCAUUAAAAAGCUGGAGUUACAGUGAACACAGCUCUUAGCCAUGUCAGCAGUGAAGGAUAAACCGUGGCUGUUGCUACUUGGCCUAUUGGCCGCAUUGAGCUCACUGCAACGCUGCUGCGAUGCCGCUUACCCAUAUUACGGCACCAAGAUUGGCGCACUGACACGUCUACACCAUGGCGUUUCCGGUGACGUUUACGCCGUAGACUCGCGCACGAUUUUCAUCAAGAAAUUCAAUUACGAUGGGGAAGCACCUGCCGCUUACUUUUAUGUGGGCAACACAGCGCGUCCCAGCAACGAGGGCGCUGCACGUCUGCGUGACGAACGUGGCGGCACUGCCGCCUUGACGCGUCGCUAUCGCAACAAGGAUAUAACAUUAUCGCUGCCAGAGGGCAAGACGCUGCGCGAUGUCAAGUGGUUCUCGGUGUGGUGCGAUGAGUUUGCUGUGAACUUUGGCGAUGUGGCCAUACCCAGCACUUUGGACUUUCCGCGUCCGCAGAAGAUCAGCGCACUGCGCGGCGUUCACGGCGUCUCCUCGGACAACAUUGUCAUAGUGGAUGCACAGACGCUGCUGGUGCCCAACUUUAGCUACGAUGGCGAAGCGCCAGAUGCCAAGUUCUGGGUGGGUCGUGGUCAGCGUCCCACGUCCGAGGGUCUGCGCAUACCCGAUGAGAACGGCAAGGAGAAUCCACUGCGUCGCUACGAGCGCAAAACCAUUGUGUUGACGCUGCCCGAGGAUCUGACCAUCUUCGAUAUUGGUCACUUCGGUGUCUGGUGCGAGGCAUUUACCGUUGACUUUGGGCAUGUGCGUCUGCCGGAGGGCCUCAAUGUGCCGCCCUCGCUGAAAAUGCUGGGCAUUAGUCCUCAGUCGAAACUCAACUGUGAGGUGCUCUACGAUGAUCUGGCCUUUGAAGUACGCUGGGCAGUGGCCGGUGAGAGCAUUGUGGUGCAAUUGGUGGCCAAAUUGGAGCCCAACAACUACAUGUCCUUUGGCAUAUCGCCCAAUCGCAACAUUAGCCAAAUGGUUGGCGCUGAUGUUGCCGUCGCCUGGGUGGAUCCUGAGACGGGCAAUGGUUUCGCUCAGGAUUAUUAUCUCGAAGGUAAGGCGCAAUGCUCGGGUGGUCGCGGUGCCUGUCCGGAUGUCAAAGUGCAGCCCAACACCAACUCCAUUCGACUGCUAAAUGCCGCCAUGGUCAAUGGCUACUCCAUUGUGACCUAUCAACGUUCGUUGUCCGCUACCGAUGGCCUGGAUCUGCCCAUCUCAGUGAGCGAUACUGAAUCAGUUGUCUGGGCAAUCGGACCACUGAAUGAUUACAAAGAAGUCAGCUUCCAUACCUUCUACAACAAGCAUCUGCAUCAAAUUGAAUUUGGCCGCCAGCCCAAGUGGAACUGCCCGCUGCCGGAGGGUGCCAAGCCAGGCAGCAACUCCGCCGAGCAAGAGGAUAUACUGCCACAAAGCAGCAGCACCAGCUCCACAGGCGGUGCAGGCUAUCCCCCAGCAGGGCGUCCAAAGGUAGAGCCCGAUGAGGAGUUCUAUGAGAGCCGUCCACAGGCGUUGCAUCGCACUACGCCCGCUCAAUCAAACCAAAGGCGUAAUGAAAAUGCGUUGUCCACACAGCGUCGUCCCGUACCCACACCCAAGCCUGUGAAUAGCAAUGGCGCCUGGGACAUUCCGCCCAUACAAUGCCAUGAGCCUGAAGAUGGAGUUUUCUAUGCGCAAAUGGGGCCAACUGGUGGCAAGCAUGGCUACCCAGCUAUAACCGGUCACGUUGGUUGGGGCAUUUCCUGGUACAUAAAUGGCUUGCUCAUCCCUGAGCUGCAUGUGGUCAGAGGAAGAACGUACACUUUUGUUGUUGAGGGUGGCAAUAAUCCAGAUAUACCCGCCAAGUAUCAUCCGUUCUACAUCAGCGAUGAUCCAAUUGGAGGCUACGAGCAUAAGCGCGAGGAAGAGAAGAAGGCUGUGCGCAUCUUUGCUGGUGUACAUCGCUCCAGAUCCGGGCAGGUAACGCCCACUGGCGUGGGUCGUCUAUGCAAUUGGACGCCCGAUGUGGAGGGACCACCAGCAGAUGAUUACCAAUCCUUCGGAGCCUAUCAGCGCACUUUGACUCUGAAAUGUGACGCCGGUGAGCCGGGUGUAAUUAGCUGGACGCCGGAUAGAAAUACGCCGGAUACGGUUUACUACCACUGCUUUACGCAUCGCUAUUUGGGCUGGAAGAUACACGUGCAUGAUACGUGCGAUGGUCUUGAUGGUAUUGGUGCUGCUGCCUCGGAGCGACAUGAGUUGCGCGAACCGGCGCCCGUGCGGGAGGAUUAUGCGGCUGAGUCGUCGAUACGUCAUGAAACUAAGAUGGGAUCCGCGCUGCUGAGGCUCUCGAGGAGAGCUUGAUAAGGAACCAGUCGAAUGCCGCCGCCGCCGCCGCUGCACCACCGUCCCUGCACCACAACAAUAUCGGACCUCGUAUACCACCGCAAC